AGUCGUCUUCGCCCCCCGUCGGCCAUUGCUCCGGUCGGCGCCGCCUCCGCGCUGCUGGAGCUCACUUCUGUCGUCACCGCCACUGCUCCACGGCUAGUCGCCGCCUCGCUGGCUGUUCGGCUUGAGGCGCUGCGGCUCGCCGCCGCCGCCUCUGUCCCGUGCUGUCUCCACCAUUGGUCAGCACCACCCGCCGCUGCCCCUCGACUCGCCACUGGUUCGCGGGCGGUACAGAUAGGACGGCGCGGUCAGCUGCCGCCGCUGGUCUUCUACCGACGGCGAGAUUCCCACCGUUGGCUCUCCUCCGCAAGUGCCGAGCAGCCCUCGCGGCCUUGCUGAUACAGCCCCACUUCUCAAUUGGAACAAGAUAAGUUCUUUUUUCAAUUCUCUAUUCUACAUUUAAAUCCUUUUCGAAGCUACUUGGUGAUUUCUUAGUCCAUUAGAGAAGUUGGGAGAAAGGCAGAUUUAGCAAAAUCUGGGUUUUAGGCCUAAAGUUGUUAACUUAUUUCUUUAUGGUAGAACAUGAAGAAGGGAGUGAUUAUUGAUAUUACUUAGCAUGUCGAUAGGGGCCUUUAAGUUCUAAAGCUUCUACAUGAUGCAAAAAAGGAAAGGCUUGGGGUGGAGAGCAUGGUUACCUGCUGUGGAGCUAUGAAGAAGGUGUGGACGAACUCCCCCUUUGCUGCUUAGUUCUUGGUCCUCACAAAACAGAAAUAUGCUGAAUUUUUGAUGUGGUGGAAGGGGAAACUUGAUGUAUGUGGAGGAGUUCUUAUAGGCAAAGAUGGUACCAGGAGGAAGUGCAGGUUUGACUGCACAAGGGGAAUAUGCAGGCUCGACUUGCUCAUUAAGGAGGAAGCUGCAAGUCUCGGCUGCCACCUUGUUGUCAGCCUUGGGCUUGGAGGACAUAGAGGCCUGAAGUACAACUAUUAUGAGAUUUUGUUUUUCUUAAACUCUUUGGCCCAUCCAAGAGUAUUUGUAAUAGUAAUAUCCCAUAUUCUUUUCUUCCAUUCAUGUAAGACGAUCAUGCAAGUUAAAGUAUUAUUCGAGAAAUAUGCGAACACUUUCGUUUGGGGAGAACAACUUCAUAUCCUUGUACAACGUUCAUUUUAUUUCAUAACAUAG